CGACGGGAAGUCGGACGAACCGAGCGACGGUGGCGGGAUUUUGGAAGGCGACGGGGCGGGAUAAGGUUAUAUACACCAGCUGCAAGAGAAUUGGGAUGAGGAAGACGUUAGUGUUUUACAAAGGCCGGGCUCCUCAUGGCCAAAAGUCUGAUUGGAUCAUGCAUGAAUAUAGGUUGGACGAAACUUCACCCUCUUCCGUCGGCUCAAGUUUGGCAGGAGAAGUGAGUGGUACACAAGAAGAGUGUUGGGUAGUGUGCCGAGUUUUCAAGAAGAAGAGCUAUCACAAGGCUCUUGAUCGUGUCCCUCAUAAUAGUGGUGAUCUUGCCCAAAGCCAUCUUGGAAACGACGGCGUUCUCGAUCAAAUUCUCACGUACAUGGGAAGGGUCUCUUCUAAACAACAGGUAGAUACCGGAUCGAAUAAUAGUAAAAAAAUUGACACUACUGACAGUGUUGUGCAAUUCAUGCACCUUCCAGGACUUGAAACCGAACCGGACAUGGAUACCAUCACUUCCAAUAAACAUCUCCACCACCAUCAUCUUCCCAGAACUAAUAACUCAACAUUCUACAACCAAGCAUUUGAAGAAGACAUUUUGAGCCAAACCAAACCAGUUGGUGGUGGUGUGAAAACUGCAGUGGGUUCGACCAAUUGGGUUGUAAUGGACCGCCUGGUUGCUUCUCAGCUCAACGGCCAAGAUGAUAACCUAUAUUUUCCCAUUGUGGAUCAUUCUACGCCCAAUGAUCAUUGCCAUGUUUCUAAUCAUCCCAACAGUAAUGAGGUUGAGUUCUGGAGCUACCCGAGCUCAUAUGGGUCACCAUCUGAUCCAUUAUCUCAAUUGUCUGUAUAGUGCCUGCCUGCGUGUCUGCUCGCGUUGCGUCCUACAACAAACUAAGACUGUACUCCAUUUACUUAUCCUGGUGUUACCAUCGAUCGAACACAACAUCAUAAUUAAAACGUGUGUAUAACUUUCUUUGUCCAACCAAUAUGAUUGUGAGUGUCAUAUAAAGAAUACAAAUCAUACAUCAACCAGUUCACAAAUAUAUUCAACUAUAGGUAGGGGUCUCAAUGAAUUAUGUAUCUUUGU